UUGUCUGUGAUUGUUAUUUCGAUGUGGGAUUUCCAAAAUGUUCAAAUAUUCGAAUGAAACGUAAUCACAUUUGGAUUCUAUUCAUACCAUGUUGACAUCAUUUUUAAUAGGUGUUUUACUGGCCAUUAUAUCUUGUCUAUUUAUUGGUGUUAGUUUUAUAUUGAAAAAAGUUGGACUCAUUCGCUUAUCUAAUCGUGGUCUACGUGCCGGCCGUGGUGGUUAUGGCUAUCUAACGGAUUGGGUCUGGUGGAUGGGUCUUAUAUUCAUGGGCAUUGGUGAAUUGGCCAACUUUACUGCCUAUGCAUUUGCACCAGCAUCAUUAGUUACACCGUUAGGAGCUUUAAGCGUACUGGUUAGUUCCCUAUUGGCCCAUAAAUACCUGAAAGAAAAUCUCAACAUUUUUUCCAAAAUUGGCUGUUCAUUAGCCAUAAUCGGAUCGACUGUGAUCGUAUUACAUGCACCUAAAGAAGGCAAAGUUGAUACGUUGGAUGACAUUUCGUUGAUGCUUGCACGAUCAGCAUUCCUGCUAUAUCUAAGUUUUGUGAUCAUAUCGUCGAUUAUAUUGGUUGUUCUGUACGCACCACGGUAUGGUAAUUCCAAUGUUCUGGUAUACAUUCUGAUUUGUUCAUUGAUUGGUUCAUUGUCUGUGAUUUCUUGUAAAGGAUUUGGCAUCGGCCUACGACAAACAUUCAGUGGACAAAAUCAAUUAAUCAAUCCAUUAUUUUGGGUAUUGUUACUAUCGUUAUUUAUAACCGUCUCAAUACAAAUGAAUUAUCUAAACAAAGCCUUGGACAUAUUUGAUACAUCGAUUGUCACACCUGUCUAUUAUGUAUUGUUCACAUCAUUUGUAUUGAUUGCAUCGGCAAUAAUGUUUCGUGAAUGGACAUCGAUGACGAUCGAAAAUAUAGUUGGUAAUUUAUGCGGAUUCGCUACGACCAUCAUUGGCGUUUUUCUACUCAACGCAUUCAAAGAACUCAAUAUCAACAUGGACAAUCUAAAAAAUCAAUUAUUGAAUAAUCGAUUAAAUUCCACCUCUCAUAUGUCAGAAAUAGUUGUCAAUGAUCCAUUAUUGCCUGAUAUUCGACGUUCCGUACAGCCAGGUCUCAUUACUUGGACCAUGGAUGAUGAUGAAUGUUGAAUGUUUAUGCAUUUUAAAUUGUAAAUUAUUAUUU